UUUGUUUGGGCUUCGAUUCCAUUCUUUCUUUCUUUCUUGUCUUUCCAUUCUUUCUUUCCUUGUCUUGCUUUCUUUGCCGUUGUUUUUCGUUUGUGUUUUUUCUUCGUUUCAACCACACUUCCAUUACACAAAUCCAAUGUCUGGCCUUGUCAAGCGCAUGUCCAAGUCGCCAGGCGACAUGCUCGUUGCACGCGCAGCCAAGGGCGACACGUACUCUGACUCGAUUCAAGCAAUCCGAAGCCAGGAAGUCGAGCAGCUCAAGCUCUUCCAGCACCGCACGGAAUCCAAGGUCGCAUUCAUGCAGGACGUCCAGGAGUUUCUCAAGAAGCGCGCCGAGGUCGAGCAGGAAUAUGCGCAAAAGCUCGACAAGGUCGCCGAAAAGUUUGCCCACAAGCUCAAGCACACCUCGUACGGUCGAUACACGCUGCUGCACAACAACUCGUUGUCAUCACCAGCUGACGGCAGCGCAAGCCCACUCGUCAUUGGUGCUGCUGGUGCGAGCCUCCCGAGUCCACUGGUAUCGCCGACAUCUCUCGAAAACGCUGUGCACCCGCAGACGCCGGUCGACGUCUGGACGGUGUUGAUUGAGAAUUGCCGCAAAACGAGUCGCUCGCGUGCCGCCUUGGCCACACGGUACGGCACUGAGCUGCUCGACUUUACAGCUGAAAUGGAACGUGAGACAGUGGCUGGGGCGCGCCAGUGUCACGACUAUGGUCUCAAGCUGCACGCCGAGCUCAGCGAGUCCUUGGCCCACCUCGAGACCACCGCCCACAGCUUCCACGGUCUCUCUGCAAAGGCUGCCAGUGCAAAAGCCAAGGUGGAGGACGCCAAAAAGAAACUCGAGUCGGGCUCUGUCAACAGCAAGAUUAUCAGCAUGCUCGGCAAGAAUGUCGAGAAGGAGUUGCACAAGCGCGAGGACACUGCCGCCGUGCAAGAGCGCCGCGCAUCCAACGCCUUCAACGACUACUUGUUUGCCAUCGACGUGGCCAACGCUCACAAGAAUCAAUUCUUUGAACAUGAGAUUGUCGAACUGACUGCUCUGCACGACCGGUUCUACCACGAAAACAUGAAUCACUUUUUCAACGAAUACGCGCACAUUGAGGGUGAGUGCGCAACAGAUUCCUCCAGCAUGGUGCAUUUGCUGAAGGUCUGCACCUCCAACAUUGACGGCGUGGCGGAGCGCGAGGCGUACAUGACCAACUACGCCGAGGCCUUCCGUGCGCCGGCCAACUUUGCUCUCGUGACCCCGUCAGACCAUGCCCACUCUGAGAUUAUCGUGACUGACCUGACGCGCGAGAAUCUGAAGGCUCGUCAAGAAAAGCUCUCUCAGCGCAGCGCGCAACUGGCUCUGCUUGAAGCCGAGUGCUCGCACAAACUGUCAGAGGUGAACGCUGGCGACCAAGAGCGCAAAAAGGCACUGUACGGUGCACAUUUUGGAGCUGACAAGCACGCCGCUGCGAGCUCUGCAACCUCGACGUCGUCCUCAGGGACGAGUCCCUUGCCAGUGUCCCCGACCGCCUCGUCCUCUCGCUCGCGAAACACGACUCCGGCCCCGCCAUCGACCCCGACGUACGUCGAGACCCACCUGACGAAAUCGCUCUACACGGCUCAGUUGCUCAAGACGCAGGCGCAAUUGCAAGUGCUCGGCCGUGUGCCAUCGGACUCCAUCAUGGGCCCGUCCGAUGCCAAGCGUCGUGCCACAUUGAACCGCUCGAGCAGCACGAAAGGGAGCCCGAAGGUCUUUGGAGUCGAGCUCGCUGAUCACCUGCGCGUUGUUGAACGCUCCACUCCAUUGCUUGUGGACAGCUGCAUUGCAACGAUUGAAGACUUUGGCAUUCUGCAAGAAGGCAUCUUUCGGCUGUCUGGCAGCGCAGUGGCCAUCAAGGAAAUGCGUGCCUCCUUUGAUCGCGGCCUCGAUCCGCUCGUCAACGAAGAGUACUGCCAGCAGAACAUUCAUGCAGUUGCAGGUGUGCUCAAGCUGUACUUCCGCGAGCUGCCAACGCCGCUCUUCCCCUUCGAAUUUUACGAGCCACUCAUCAACAUUAUUCGCUACACGACGGAUCACAAGAGUCGGGCUGUCUCGCUGCGCGAGUUGUUGAAAAGCCUGCCCAAAUCCAACUUGCUCGUGCUCGAGCGUCUCUUCGACCUUCUUGUGCAAAUUGCUCAGCAGGGCGAAUUGAACAAGAUGAAGGCGCACAACCUCGCCAUUGUGUUUGGCCCGACCCUUAUCCGCGCGCCUGCUGAUAACCUUGCGGCAAUGGUCGCGGACACUGGAUCGCAGUGCCAGAUUGUCAGCAUGAUCAUCCAGGAGCACGCCUUCUUGUUUGGCGAAACAAACGAGUUUGUCGAUCGUGGCGUCGACCAGCCAGACGAGACUGGCAAAGCGGCGCCAGGAGAGGAGGAAGAGCCGGUGGAGGUGUCGCGCGACGACGACGAUGCGGAUGUCGUGAUUGCUGGUGUGCCGCCCGCCAUCCCGAUUGUGAUUGAACCGAGCAGCAUUAGCACUACUGCAAGCAGCAAGCCUGUGCCUGCCCGGCGAUCUGCUGCAAGCUUUAGUAACGAGACUUCUCAGGGGGCCAGCACGUCCAAACCUACGGCUCGGUUUAUCGAUCCCAAGGACGAGGAGAACGGAGAACCGGUGCCAUCGAGCCACGAAGCUGGGCCUGAAUCGUUCCCUCCACCUCCCACCGAGCAAGAAUUGUCAGCCUCCAGCUCGCAAGAGCAGGAAGCACCGGCACCGCCGCCACCAGCACAGGAAGUUCCGGAGGCGCCUGCUCCAGAGGCGCCAGCUCCAGAAGCACCAGCUUCCAGUGAGCUUCCUCCACCGCCGACGCCGUCCGUUUUGCUUCCCGCCGAGGAGGCUGGGUUGGCGCUGCCUGCUCCUCCAACCGAAGAGCAAUUGCAUUCGAGCGAGGGAUCAUCCUAAGCAACGCCCGUCGUGGUGGAUUUAGAAAGGCGUCGUGGUGGUGAUGAGCUCGUUUGAGACGAUUUCCGGUUCUGCUUGUAAAUGUUGCGUAUUCGUGUGUUGGAGUUGUGUAAUUCGAAUGUCAAUACAUCCGAUCAGAUGAGA